UUUUUUUAAACAUUAAUUCUGCAUGGAAUAUUCUAGUUAGUAUAUUUUAACCUACUUAAUAUCCAAGCUAUUAUGAUUAUUUGAUUGUCCAUUUGAUCUGCCUGAUACCUUUUCAUAUGAACAGAGUCAUGAGGGACUGACCUUCAGUAAUGCUGAAUAAUCUCUGCUUGAACUGAAGUCACUAGGAACUGCAAGAUCUCAGCACCUCUGAAAAUCCAUCCUUGAAGCAAUAUGCUCUUGCCAUCAGCAAGUGCAGGCAAACUUCUGAAAGUUCUCAACUUUACUGCUCUUCAUUGUAAAUCCACAUGCACUGCUUAGGCCGCCUAUUAUCAUAGAAUUUUUAUUUUUCUUAAAGAAGGUACAAUUAUUAAAAUAACAAAGAAACAAUGUAAGGGGUCAAUGCCUCUUGCUGCCCCCACGUGACAAAUAUUCACCCUUGAAGGUCUCUCAAAUCACUCCAAAAAAACCCUCUUUCAAUGGGAAAACCUUGUUGGGGCUCUGUUAUUGGCUUAGAAUAUUCCAGUCUGUCCCCACUGCACAUCUUAAUAUAAAGUCCUACAGGUUCAUUUUAAAUCGAUCUCACAUGACUUCUCAUGAGCGUCUGUCCAGAUUCUUCCUAAGCCUCAUGCCACUCUCAUUCUUGGUGCUAGACCACCAGAUUCUCCCCCUUCCCAGUGUCCCCUGACUAAUGAAGGGCUUACCCAGUCCUUACCAUCCUGAGGUUAAACCCUAGUCCCAAACAAUUAUAAACCACCCUGCCUGAAUUUUUGUCUCCUCCAGGAGAUUCUGGCAACCCUUUUCAGCUGCAGCUCCCUCUGCCUGAGCCUCUGCUCCUGUCAGCUCUGCCUUUUUAACCUCAGAUGGGUCCUGUAAACAGACCCUCUCUUGUUGCAGCUUCCUCUUUAUAUAAUGUGUUCUUAGCCCUUUCCUAGCUGAGACUAAUAGCUCCAAUUGAGUUAGUCCAGGCGUACUCAAAUGGGCUGGAUCAGCACCGCACUGAGAAGCAGCUACCUAGUCCCAGGGGAUUGGUCCUGUUCCCUCUUAAAGGGACACAUCCUAUGAGAAAAAGCUUCUACCAAGUGGUACAAAGUAAUGAGUAAAAAGGAAAGGGUGCACCUCAGAGAAACAUCAGCAAUAGUGAAAGAAAAAAGGAUGAACAAUCUUAUCCUUUGUUAGAUAUUUCUUUGGGACCAGAAUCAUCAGCUAGUGUAAAUUAGUGUAAGUUUGUUGGUGUGUAGCUCUUGAAGUCUGAUAAACAAGACACAUUUUUAAACAGCCUUCAACCCAAUCUGCAAGGCAUCCCACAGAAAUGAUAGUAUUUAAACAUUUAACUAUAUGGUUGUAGUACAGAUCAGAUAUUUAGAUGUCUAAAUGCUAUAAUAUGUCAUGGUAAUUCAUCAGAGUACAGAAUUGGUCUGAAAAUUUGGAGGCUAGUUUUAAAAUUCAGCCUUUAAUUUGAGCUGUUGUUGCUAGCCCAUGAAGCUCACAAUUAUCCCCCACCCCCGACUUGGAGGAAAGAAGAAUGAGAAGGUAAGAGUUAAUUUUAAUUUAAAAACAAAAUAGGUUUCUAACCUUUUUCCUUGCAGAGAAAACCUAAGCAAACCAAUCAUGAGUUUUGAAAGCUUAUCACUGAUUUUUUUCUAAAGAUGGCAUGUUAUCUACAGUGCCUUGGCUUCCAGUCAUCCAUGGUUGGCCUUUAGGGUCUGGAGAAGCUGUAACUAUGGGUUGUUUGAUUAUUGUGAUGAUCCCAGAUCAUGUCACAGCUGAGGUAGUCAGUGGUGCCCAGGUUACAGUUGAUAGGAUUAGGACACUGCAAACUGCCAGCUGUGUGCACUCUGGCUACGAGGGACAUAGCAGUGUGAUCUACUGUCUCUGUUCUGAGCAUUACAUUUUAAAAAACAAUCUUUAUACUUUUACCCUCACAUAUGCAUGUUCUCUACGUGCAAAUGAAGAAACUUGUACCUACAAACACUUGCCUCUGCAAAUCAGAGAGACAUCUAAUUUAAUAACUAAAUUCAGUUGUUUGUAGAUGGAAAUGAGCAAUAGAAAGCUUGAUUGUGUCCUUGCAUUUUGAAAUGUACUACGAGCAUGGCCAAAGGUAUUGAACGGAAAUCUGUUAGACACACUAAUCUUUUAGUAAUCUUAGUUAUUUUUAGUUGACAUAUUGCAAAAUUAAAAAAACAGUCAUGCUAGUUGUGAACAUUACACCAGAAUCAAUCCCAUCCAGACUCAUUUUUUACAUCCUCUUUUGGAUUUGGUGUCACUGCUUUUUUACAGACCACACAUUUUUCCACUGGUGAUGGCACUUCUGUUUUAAAAAUUGUACAUAAAGAGGAACAAAAUUGUGUGUGCUCCAGUUAUUGCUCACACUGUCUGAAGUGAAUAAAGAGAAUUUAUUCUAAGGUUGCUGCAGUUGUAGUCGUGGAAUGUUAGGUUAUGUGACUAUCCACAUCUUAUACUGAUUCUGAAAGGGAAUAACGUGAGCACUGCAGGUUAGUGAGUCUCUAGCAUUGGUCAACAUGUUGGCAGAAGGCAUCCUAACUGGAAUCAUAUACAAAGAAAGAAAACAGGACAUAGAUAAACCCCACAAAUGUCACAUAAACAGAAAAGAUGAAAGGGAAACCUGGAAAGAUCACCUUAUAGAUACACCAGCAAUUAAAGAUUUUGCUUCAGAAUCUGAGAAGCAGAAUAAGAUCAUUGCAAAAGGUAGCAAAAUUGAAAAUAAUAAAGAACUUCAGUGGAAAUCUAAAGAAGAGCUAUCUGCAAAAGAACAUAAUGCACAUGUUAAAGGGACAAUAUCUGCAUCUUUACAUAUACCAGGAAGAGAACAAAGUCAUGAAAACCAGGUGGAUUUGUAUAGAUCCUGGUCAUGCCACAGUAUUUAUCAAAACUAUCCUGACUUACAUAUUGGAGGAGACCAUGUAGGAAGCUAUAUGCGGGAUUCAGGUUGCAUUAUGGACCACAUAAGUGAUGAACUUGUUGAUGGCCCGGUUUUACUGUCAGGAGAUAUUCUAUUGGGUCAUUUCCCUCAAAAUGAGCCUCUUGAAAAAACAACUACAAAGUCCUUUAAUGGUGAUGAAGGUGGAGAAAGGAGUAUGACACUCCACAAGCAGCCUCUUUCGAAUUCUGUGCUGAAUAACUACAUGGAUACAAAAGUUGAAGAGCUCUAUAAACAGUUUUUUGAAGAGAACCUGACCAGGUGUGGUUCUGUAACAAACCUCCUGACUUCCAGUUUGAUCAUGAAUAACCUAAAACAGAUAAACCUUCAGAUCUCCCAAGAACAGACUAUAGAAACAUGUAAAGCUAGAGAAGUGUUUUUACAUUCUUUAGCUUUGUUGAGUUUCCACAAUGCUGCCAGUGGAAACAGCUCUGAAUUUAGCACUCCAAAUUUACAGUUCUCAAACUUGCCAAGCAAGAGAAAGAGCUCCCGGGUACAGUUUACAUCAUGACUGAACUGUUUGGUUACAGCAGUGGUUCUCAAACUUUUGUACUGAUGACCCCUUUCACACACAAGCCUCUGAG